AUUUUGAAUAAAUCUUUUUGUUUGGAUACAGAGUAAUGAAGCAGCGAAAGAAUAUUCUUCACAAAUUUUGCUGCAAAAAAGAACUUUAUUAUUGCUUCAAAUAGCAAUAAUAAAAAUCCAAAGAAGAAGAAAGUUGCAACUCAUUAUUGUGGUCGUAGUAUUUCUUUGAAGGAAUACAUCAUUCUUCUCAUACUUUUGACCUUGGUCUGGUAAUAGUAUAGAUUGAUACAAGUGUGGGUACUGAUGAUCCAUUGACAAAUAAAGGAAAAUGUGGAGGCUAAACGAAUCCAUAUUGGGUGAUAAUGAAGAAGACGAUCUCUUUGGUGGCCAACAAGCCCUCUGCUCUCUUUCCCCUUUACAGAGAGUUUAUGGUUUCGCUGCCUGUCUGCUCGCCGGCUUGCUUUGUAUGUUCCUGUCAAUCAUUGUGUUCAUCAAGCCCAUCAAGUUUACCUUGCUAUUUACUUUUGGCAACAUGUUGGCCAUUGGAAGCACAGCUUUUCUCAUUGGACCUGUGCAACAACUAUCAAUGAUGAUGGAUCCUGUUCGUGUCUAUGCCACAUGCAUUUAUGUGGGAUGUGUUGUUUUAGCUCUCAUUUGUGCACUCUUGAUCCACAGUAAGAUUUUGACACUACUUGCAAUCAUAUGCGAGAUCUGUGCCCUUAUCUGGUACAGUUUAAGUUAUAUUCCUUUUGCUCGUAGAAUGGUUUCAAAUGUCACUAUCCGCCUUUUUGACACUGAAAUCUAGGGGAUUCAAUUCUGAAGCAACAUUACUCCAGUAUAUUUAUCAGUGCUGGACUCUAGUCUACUUAAUUUGGAAGAGGUGCUGCCCCGCUGAUUAUUUGAAGAGAUUGAUAAUUCUUUCUGGUUUCCCUCUGAUGACAGAAGGAACUCCACUUUUCACUCAGGUGUGAAUGAAUUCAUUUGGACUGUUAACUUUUUGCUGACAUAGGUUGUACCCUCUGGUUUCUUUUCAUUUCGGAAAGUUAUGGUUGCUUUCUUCUUGUGCUGCCUGCUCACCUAAUAGUUGCCCCAUGUCAUGAUUGUCAAAUGAUUUCAUUGCUUUCCCUCACACUGCAAAUGUAAAACCAUUGCUGAAACAAAUCACACUCUUGUCGUA